GUACAUUAAACAUAACAAAUAAGCAUAGAUAGAUAGGAUAGAUAGAUAGGUAGAUAUGAACAUUGUGGCCUACAGGAAACAGUGCAGCAUGUAUUUUUAUACUGUCCUAGAUAUCAGCAAGAGCGAAAUACACUUUAAAUUACACUUCAAAAGGAAUCACAUGACACUUGGUAUUAGAUAAGAGCUCAGGUGAUGUAGGGUACAGAGCUAUUUUCAGAUUUUUAGAAAACACAGUAGGACCUAGUAGGAGAAUUUAAUGUAAUAGAUAGUAAUUGUCCAGGAGGAGGCAGUGAUACACCGAAAAGCUGUUUGCCAACCGCUUUUAAAAAACAAAAGAAGAAGAAGACAAUUAUUGUUAUCGAAAUGCAGCGAGGUCUUUGACAGGCUGUGUCUGGCACGAUAACCAGCUAGAAAUAAUAUUUCCUUCUCAAAUCAUGGUGUUUUUAUGACAUAUCGCCUUCACAAAUUAGCCAAACGCCUGCUAAUAUAGGAAACUGGGCGGGGAAAUGCCGGCAAAUAGCUGCAUUAGCUAACCAAGCGGACUGAAAGGGGAUCUUAGUUAGCUAGCUUGCUCCUGCUAACGUUACACGCCGCAAUCAUGAGCGAAGAUGACAACUCGGUACCAGCAAACAAAGACAAAGACUCAACUCUCCUGCUCACCAAAGACGGACAGAGGUACUAUGUGAGUAAGGGCGGAGUAGUCGACAGCAGAAAUGUGAUAACCCCGCACGAACCCGACAACAACGUCUCCUCCUACGACAUGGACGACCCGGACGAGGAGAGCGACGUUCUGGACACUUCGGAUCCCAGAGACAGCGCCGCCAGCCCGGAGGAGCUCAACGACGAGGAGACGUCGGAGGGCGACAACGCUCCCAAACAGUGCACCUACGAGGGAUGCACGGAGACCACAACGCAGGUGGCCAAGCAGAGGAAACCGUGGAUGUGCAAAAAACACCGCAACAAGAUGUACAAAGACAAGUACAAGAAGAAGAAGAGUGAUCAGGCCAUGUCCAGCGGCAAACUUGAUGAGAACUCAGAGGAAAGGCCUGUGUCUGUGAACAAACAACGUCUGGGUGCCAUGGGAGACCGGCCAGCCAGACCCUCCCUGAUAGAGCAGGUCCUCAACCAGAAGAGACUGUCAUUGCUCAGGAGUCCAGAGGUGAUCAGUUUCCUUCAGCAACAGCAGCAGCUCUUGGCCACACAGAGUCGCAGCCAAUCACAGCAGCAGUUCCAGGGUUGCUGACGCAGGCCGGCCAGUGCUUUGCCGUAGUAUUUCAGAUGUACAGAGAGCACUGAAGAGACACUGACACUUGAUGCAUAAAUUGAUUGUUACCUUACACUGUAAACAUAUGCUUCCUCUGCUAGACAACCAUGCUGAAGAAAGAAUAUUAAAGGAAUAAAGGGACGUUAGAAACUGGGCGAGUAGAUCUGAAUCCCUUACAAAUAGGGGAUUUCCAUACACAUGUGCUGGCUUGGCUUGACUUGGUUUGACACAGUGUGUCAGCCCAGUGCAGCAGGGAUUUGCAUCUCCAUUGCAACAGUGCUACUAGCUUGAAGGUUUGUCUUUAACUGAUGAUGUGCUUGUCUUGAGUUGAUGACCAUUAAAAGCAGCGCCCUCUUUAGAGUUGUUUACUAAAGCCCCCAAGAAGUGCGUCAGGCUGUGACUAGUGGUCAAAGGAGCAUCAAAACCUCCAUAAAAUGACUCAUUUCACUUAAGAAUAUAAACCAUUUGGUCCGAUAACAUUUGGAAAGUCUAGAAGAGCCACACCAUUGAAUCAUUUUAUCCCAUUUGAGUUAGCGGAGGGCUCAACCAGAAGGUAGCUAACUCAUUACUCAAUGAUGACAAAGCCCAUCUGAUGUCACCGCAACCCACUUGAAGUCAGGUCAUGUGCACUUUGACCUGACUCCGGCUAUGGUCCAUCUCAGGCGUGACCCAGCACAACUCGAUGCGUUUACACUGGAAAUGGAAAAAGGCAGGGGGAAAAAAAGUGCAUUUCUUUAAGACUGACCAUGUAAUAAUGAAACAUUGUUUGGUGCUGUUUAUGAAAUAAUUUCCUAAAUCCAAGCCAGCAUUUCUUUUCACUUUUACUUAUUGUUCCUUACAUUUUAGUUACAGUUUGUGCUUUUAAUGUUUUCUUUUUAACAUGAAGUGUUGUUUUACGUGUGACAAUCAAUCCUGUAAUGCAUGUCUGUAGCGUCUUUUCAGCCAAAUGGGGCUUUCAGGACUUGUUUUUAACACAAAAUUUUAUACACCCAUUAAUCUGAAACUUGCACAAACAGUACAUUUUAACUGUAUACAAAAAGAAACAAAGUUUCGGUGGAAUGAACAGUGUUUAUGCUAGCUCUCUUAGCUUUGUGUAGAAAAGUGGAAGUGAUGCACCACAUGUUGGUAAAGUGUGACGAGCAGAGAGAGGUUGUGUGCUGUAUGUUGUUGUGUAUAUCCUCUGUUGUGAAUAUGAGAUUAAAAUUAUGAUGCUAACAUUGA